GUGGCACGUCGUUAGUUAGUUGGAGGCAAAGGUUCCGAUGAGACUGUUUAUAGUGCUGAGUGUUUGCGUGGCUCUAGCUUCGGCCGGUUACGGCGGUGGCGGUGGAGGCGGUCACGCAUCGGCUUCGUCUUCGGCAUCGGCCUCGGCUGGAUCCAUAGCGGGCGGCGACGGUGGCGGCAAAUUUGGAGGUGGCGGUGGCCCAGUAUUUGGCGGUGGAAGUCUUGGAGGUCCAUUUGGCGGAGGCGGAGGUGGUGGCCAGCACGGCGGCGGUGGAGGUGGAUUUGGUGGAGACUUUGGCGCAGGCGGAGGAUCUGGCGCAUCUUCAGUGGCUGGCUCUAAUGCAGUGGGUGAAGCCGGUGGCCAUGGCGGUGGUGGUGGAGGAGACCUAUUUGGAGGAGGAGGAUCACUCGGCGGAGGUGGUGGACACGGAUCGAUUGGAGGAGGUGGUGGACACGGAUCCAGCGGAGGAGGUGGUGGUGGACACGGUUCUAGCGGAGGAGGUGGAGGACACGGAGCCGGCGGAGAAGGCGGAUUCAUAGGAGGUGGUGGAAUUGGCGGCGGAAUUGGAGGAGGCGGUGGACAUGGCAGUGGAGGAGGCGCCGGACAUGGCAGUGGAGGAGGCGGCGGAAGCGGUGGACAUGGCUUUGGAGGCGGCGGCAGUUCUGCUGGAUCAGGCGGUGGACUGUUCGGAGGUGGACACGGAUCUGGCAAGCCUGGCGGUGGCUUCGGCGGAGGUCACAUUGGAGGAGGCCCAGGCUUUGGCGGUGGCGGAAUCGGCAUUGGACAUGGAUCAGGCAUUGGCGGUGGCCACAGUCAUGGCGGUGGUCUUGGCGGUCCCUUCGCUGGAGGCUUUAGUGGUGGUUAUGGCGGCGGCGGCAAAGGAGGCGGAUACGGCGGCGGCGGCAGCGGUGGUGCCGGCGGUGGAGGAGGAGGCGGCUAUGGCAAGGGAGGAGCUCACUCAAGCGCUUCUUCCGCAGCUUCGGCGACAGCAUCUGCCGGCAGCGGUGGCGGCUAUCACGGCUAACAAGCCAUAGGUCUACGCACACUUUUCUCUAAUUUAUAAACAGUUUUGAACAAGACUUCAAUAAAGAUUUCAAGCGACAAGCGAGAACUAUCA